ACAUGGUGAUGCUCUGACACUCUUCUGUGAAUCAGACGGUUUCAAACGUACAAAUGUCUUUACCAUCGUUCAUUUAGCCUAUUGAACCACGAUAAAUUGGCAACAUCAGUAAACUGGCAAUAUCUCGCUUAUUUCUCAAAUGUUGUAGAUAUAUUAGCCUGCCUUUGACCGACAUACAAGAUGUGUUCAUCACUAUGCGAGAGAUUGCCCUGUGGAUAUGGACCAUUGCUCAGAUAGACCUGAUUUUAUGCGAUAAUCGUUGCCUAGUAGGUGUCUAUGAAGUGUCUAGGAUGUUUAAUAAUGGAUACAGUGAGGUAGUUCACAGAUGACAGAGCUAAUACGCCAGAUCUCACACGCCAUAUAGGGUCUUCCCGUCUCGUGACGCAGUUCGUCUAGAGCAGAGGCGCGCGGCGCUGCGGUAUAAAAGCGAGGAGACACACCGGUCCAGCAGCACUGUGACAGCACACACAGUAACACACAGAGCCAUGGAGACACUGAGAAAUACCUCUUACCCAACUAUAACGACACACAACGAAAAGAUGUGUGAGCUCAAUAAAAUAAGUGAGCAAGGAUGGAAAAAGCCAGAGGAUAACAGUCGGACCGGAACAGAAUAUUCCAGAAUUAUUACAGACCCCAAUACUGGGAAAUGUUACUGCCGGGGAAAAGUUCUAGGAAAGGGAGGCUUUGCAAAGUGCUAUGAAAUGACCGACCUGUCUUCAAGUAAAGUCUAUGCAGCCAAAAUCAUCCCGCAUUCACGUGUGUCAAAACCGCACCAGAGAGAGAAGAUAAACCGAGAGAUUGACCUGCACAGAGCUCUCAGCCACAAACACAUAGUGCAUUUCUACCACCACUUUGAAGACAAAGACAACAUCUAUAUUCUGUUGGAGUACUGCAGUAGAAGAUCACUGGCCCAUAUACUGAAGGCACGUAAAGUCCUAACAGAACCUGAAGUGAGGUAUUACUUGAAACAGACAGUGUCCGCUUUAAAAUACCUUCACGAUUUAGAGAUCCUGCAUCGUGAUUUGAAACUAGGCAACCUGUUUGUGAAUGACUCAAUGGAGCUGAAAGUGGGAGAUUUUGGGCUGGCUGCCAAACUGGAGCCAGUCAGCAACAGACGCAAAACGAUCUGCGGUACACCCAACUACCUGUCCCCGGAAGUGCUGAACAAACAGGGCCACGGCUGGGAGUCUGACGUGUGGGCUUUGGGCUGCGUCAUGUACACCAUGCUUCUGGGUAAACCUCCAUUCGAGACCACUAACCUGAAGGAGACAUACCGCUGUAUCCGAGAGGCCCGUUACACCAUCCCGGCCUCGCUCUCUCUCCCCGCCAAACAGCUCAUUUCCGGCAUGCUCGCACAGAACCCUGUGGACCGCCCGCACCUGGAUGACAUCAUUCGGCAUGAAUUUUUCACCCAGGGCUUCAUGCCAGAAACUCUGCCUGUCAGCUGCUGCCAUUCUGCCCCAGACUUCCACAUUUCCAGUCCAGCCAAGAGCUUCUUCAAAAAGGCAGCUGCUGCUCUCUUCGGUGGCAAGAAGGACAAAGCCAAGUACUAUGAAAAUAUAAAUCGCUUAGCCAAAGAAGAGGAAGACAUAUUCAAGCUCCGUCAAGAUUUCAGAAAGACUGCCAUCAGUAAUCAGAUUACUACACACUCAUCCGAGGAAGGAGGAAAUCCGUCAGCACCUACAAGAAAGCCUGUUACCCAGGCAACUGCCGGAAGGCCACAGACAAGAGAUACCAUUCACUUGAUUGUUAGAGGCAGCUUGGGCAGCAGCAGUGAAUGUCUUGAAGACAGCACCACUGGCACUGUGGCAGAGGCUGUUAUUAGUGUUCUGAGAGGCUGUCUUGAACACAUGCCUAAAGCGGACAGCCUUCCCAGAGGAAAUGGUUGUAAUAGCUUGAAGUGGGUGACUAAGUGGGUUGACUACUCCAACAAAUAUGGCUUUGGCUAUCAGCUGUCUGACAAUACAGUGGGCGUCCUUUUCAACAACGGAACGCACAUGAGUCUCCUCUCUGACAAGAAGACUGUUCACCAGUAUGCUGACCUCAGCCAGAGGUCUGUUUUCUCUGUUAUUGAGGUUCCUGAGUAUGCUGUGGCCCAGGUCACCAUCCUCAAGUACUUUGCCCACUACAUGGAGGAGAAUUUGAUGGAUGGAGGGGAUAUGAUAAGUGAACAAGAUACCCAGAAGACCAGAAUAUAUCUUCUGCAGUGGCUGAAAUCAGACAGAGCUUUAUUGAUGCUUUUCAACGAUGGCACAUUCCAGGUGAACUUCUACCAUGACCACACCAAGCUCAUCCUGUGCACACAGCAGGACGAAUAUCUGCUGACAUACAUCAACGAAGAGCGAACCUCCACCACCUUCCAACUGAGCACGCUGCUCAGCGCGGGCUGCACUGCGGACCUGCGGAGACGUCUGGAGUAUGCCUUGAACAUGCUGCUGCAGAGAUGCAACUGAGACUGACAGAUGAGGAGAACAGUUGGCCACUGACUCAGCAAGAUCUGAUGACUUCUUUCGUUGCAAGGGCACAGAGGAGGGCUUGUUGAACAGGAUGUCCACUGGAUGUGAACCGGAUGGAGCUAUGGAAAUGUUUAUACCCAAGACAGACUCUGUACAUUUACAAAUGCUGAAAUUCAGAGACUGGAGUGAAGAGGAAUGAUGUGAUCAAAAACAUUAUAGAGAGGAAAGAAAAUCUGGGCUGGGACCAGGCAUCGUUUGACAAGAAACAGACUUCUUGUGUGUAUGUGUGGUAAAAUGUUGAUGGAUCGCACAUGCAUGUCCUAAUCUGCAAACAUAAUUAUUGUUUGUUUCUUGUUUUUUUCCUCUGUCCUUACCAAAUAUUUAUUGUGUACAUAAUUCCUUAUUUAUUUAUUUAAUGAAUAAA